AUGCUGGUAAUCAUGAUAGCUCUAGUUAUAGGUGUACCCAUUUUGAUUAUUCUUAUCUCCGGCUUUAUUAUUGUCGUUAUAUAUUGCUGUUGCCAAAAAAAUGGAACAGUAGAAGAUGAAUUACCGAAAAGUUUGAUCGAGAACUGCAGACGAGCGAAGCCACCACCAGAGGAACAAGGAAAAUACUUACCAGAGCUAUUCGAUGCUUCAGCAUUUCAGUUCAAAGGACCACUUAUUAUUGAAUGUCCUAAACUGCACAUUCUUGAGCAUGACCUCAUAAAUGCAAAGCCAGCUGGAAGCAAUAUAAAGGAUCAUGUUCGAUUUGACGAAAACCUUAACGUCGCUUAUAACAUCGGAGAAAAUGUUGAAAUAAUUGUUAAAAGCUAUGGACAAGGAACCAAAACUGGAAGUGGUGAAAUGAUUAAAGAAAAUGGAGCAGAUGGGAAUGAUGGGCUGAACGAACAGGAAAAUGACUCCAGACAGUCGAUCAAUGAAAAUGGAGAAAAAGAUAUAGCAAAGCAGUUAAAAAGACAAAAUACACAAUCACGAGAAGAAAAAAGCGGGAUAAGAGAAAUGCCAGAUCCAAAAAAGGAAUCCAAACCUGUAUCAGUCCGCACACAAAUAACUCAGCCAAGCCGGUAUUCUGAAUCAUCCACGCAAACUCUCAGGGUUAAUGGCGAAGCAAAUAUUAAAAGUCCUAAAAAACAGAAUGGUGGAACGAACAUGACAAAUAUGCGAGGGAGAAAUUCCAGCAUUGUGCAUGAAGCCGAUAAAAGAAAGAACAAACCAUUACGAAAAAGGGCUUCAAAUAUCCUACCUGAACAAACAGCUCCGUCACCAACUAGAUCGAGGAUUAUAAAACUAACGAAAGAACACCAUACUGCAUCAAUCAAAGCAACAAAUAUCACGUCAACAGUGCAGACAGUUAAAUCUCAUAACUGGGUGGCUGAAGAGAUUAAUCCUUCUAUAUCCGGUUCAUCCGGAAGUCAACACAAAAGCGGUAACACAUCCGAAAGGAUACGAUCCGAAGUAAAUUAA